AGCUGAUCCUUGGGGACUUGGAGGCCAGUGGGGAACAGUGUCCAAACAUCGCUGGCUUCACUCUGGAACCCUGCUUUGCCCCCAUAGAGAGAGGUCUGGCCAGCAGGUUCAAGUCUUCCAGAACUUUCUGAGCCCCCUCCCCCUGUUCCUGCUGGGGUAUAGGUGGGGCCCCUUCUCACCCUCCUUCCCCCUCGUCUGUCUCCAGACCUCCGGGUGCCUGCUCUCUGUCCUAGCACGGAGUAGGCACUCAUGCUCUUUUUCUCCCAUGAUCCCAUUUUCUGAUUGUCAUUUGUCUUGUUUGGAGCUUUAGUAAUCAGUUUCCAGGCAACAAACUGGCUUCAACUACAUUCUCCUGGUUAACACCAGCCCUGAGCACGCACGCCCUCCAUGCUGAAGGUCUAUCUGGGCGUGGGGCCUCUGCCCCAGCCUCAGGUCUCCCUCAGGGGGACAGGGUCCCUGCCCAGCUCGGGGCUUUUCGAGGUAGGUGCUGGGGAAGGUCAUGAUACAUCAGUGCCCAGAGUAUGGGGGGCGUGCACCGAGCCUUGCACGGAUUAGCCUUCAUUAAGAUCGUUUAUUUAGUUAGUAUUUAAUCCCCACAGUGAGCCCCUGGAGUCUUUCCGGUGAGAAAGCUGGGCACAGAGAGAUGGUGAGGACCCAUAGCUACUUGAGUGGCAGACCUGGGAUGACGAACCCACGCUCCGUGCCACCAAAGCCUGUGCCUUUAACCCCUCGGCCAGCAGUGUCUUCAGUGGGCGCCGAGGAUACCGUUUAUGCAAACAUCAUCCUGCCACGCAGGCAGGACCAAGCUCUAGGCUGCUCUGGCCACAGUUUGUGUUCAGAGGGUGUUCUGUUGAGUGAGAGCACCUCACGCCAUCCCGCACCGGCCAGAGGACAGGCGCGUGCAGACCCGAUGACGACAUUCUCUUCUUUCCCCGCCAGUCGUGUUUGUGGCUCCUGAGCCCGAGCAGGUCCCCGGCCCCUGCUCCGCCCCCGGUGGCUGGGCUGUGGUCCCCCGGCAUGGCUGUGGCACGGGCUCGGGGCACACUCCCCUGCCCCCGCCUCCCUGCCUGCCCGCCCCAGGCCCACACUUGGGCCGCCGAGCAGGACCCCAGGCUCAGGUCCCGGGCCCCCGGCUCCGGGCUCCUGCCGGGCUCCCUGCCUCCCCUGGGCCCUCCAGGGGCUGGGUCAGCCCUUUACAACUCUUUCUCUCCUGGAUGGCCCUGCCGCACGCCCCUCGUCCUCGACCCUUCUGCACAGAACACACCCAGCCUCAGAAUGGGAACUGCCCCCCACCCCAUCCCUACCUCCACGCCCCGGAAACUAGGGUGGCCUCCCCGCUGCGUCCUCCCCCGACCCCCUGCCAGCUCAGCCCGCCCUGCUCCUGUGCCCACUCCUUGCCGUGAAGUCUGUCCCAGCUGUGCAGAUAAGCCCUCCCCGGAGUCACCGUCCCCGUCCCCUUGCAGCUGGCUCCACCGUUCCCCUGCCCCCGUGCCCGUCGUGGCCAGGACUCUUCACGGUAAGGCCACCGAGUACCUUCUUGUCACGACCUCGCAAGCUUUUGACACAGCUCUGGACGUGACUGCUCUCCUCACCGCACACGCUGUCCCUGAGCCCUGGACACCGUCCCCGGAGCCGCCGCCCUGCCCCUCUUCCGUGCUCCAGAGCUGUGCGUCCUGCUCCCGAGACAGCUCCACCACUCAAAGCCCAGUGCUCUGUUCCUCUUCCAAAAGCCAGUCCACAGUUUACAGUUCAGUGCCUUCGAGUCUAUUCACAGCGUUGUGAGACAGUCACCACUGUCUCAUUCCAGAACGCUUCCAUAGCCCCAGAUGGAAACCCGGUGCCCACUGGCAGUCGCCGCCCAUCCUCCACUCUCUCCAACCCCUGUCCCCAACACCUGUCAACCACUAAUUUACUUUCCAUGUAGAUUUCCUUCUUCUGGACACUUCACAAAAAUAGAAUCACACGCUGUGUGGUUUUAUGUGCCUGGCUGCUUUCACUUGGCGUGAUGCUUUUACGGUCCCUCCGUGUUGUAGCAUGUAUCAGUACUCCAUGCCUUUGUGUGGCUGAAAAAUAGUCCAUUGUAUGGGAUACAGCACAGUUUAUCCGCUCGUUCGUUGAUGGACAUUUGGGUUGCUUCCACCUGAUACCUGUUGUGGAUAUUCCUGCUGUGAUUUGUUGCGUACAAGUUUUCAUGUGAAUACCUGGUUUUAGUUGUGCGGGAGUUGGAAUUUCUGGACCAGAUGGUAGUUCCGUGUUUAACUUUUUGAGGAACCAUCAAACUUUUUCCCACAGAGACUACAAUUUAAAUUUCUACCAGCAAUGUAUUAGGGUUUCAAUUUCUCUAUAUUCUCAUAAGAGAUGUGUUUGGAUGUUGACCUCUGCAAAAUAUAAGCUAAUUGUAGACCAGAUUUUGUUAAUGAGAUUACCAAGGGGUGAGCCAUAUCCCCCUCUUUUGUUAUAUUUGCACUUUAUUUUACUUACUUAAAUAAAUCUCACUGUUUGGGAUUUACAGAUUGUUUUAUAUAGAAGUUUUGUGGUAGUACAACUUUAUUUUUUUUAAUUUUUAUUUUUGGCUGCGUUGGGUCUUUGUUGCAGCGCAUGGGCUUUCUCUGGUUGCGGUGAGCGGGGGCCACUCUUUGUUGCAGUGCGUGGGCUUCUCAUUGUGGUGGCUGAUCUUGUUGCAGAGCACGGGCUCUGAGCGUGUGGGCUUCAGUAAUUGUGGUGCGUGGGUUUCAGUAUCUGUGGCACAUGGGCUCAGUAGUUGUGGCUCGUGGGCUCUAGAGCGCAGGCUCAGUAGUUGUGGCGAACAGGCUUACUUGCUCCGCGGCAUGUGGGAUCUUCCCAGACCAGGGCUCGAACCUGUGUCCCCUGCAUUGGCAGGC